CGUGGCGUUAUAUAAGGCGCGGAAUAUUACUGCUUACUAAUAGUUUACAAAGUGAUUUUUAUUGUAGACAGAACGCCAUAAAAGAACAAUGAAACCACGUGUAUUGGUUACGAGUAACGAUGUGCCAACAUCUGGCAUAGAUCUCUUGCGGACGAAAUGCGAUGUCACAAUCAUUCAGACGGCUAUGCCUAAUCGAGAAGAUGUAUUGCAAGUUCUUCCUGGUCAUGAUGCUAUCUUUGUUACUGGACAUAUCAGUAUAAAUAGCGAUUUUCUUAAUAAUGCAGGAUCUUCUCUAAAAGUCGUCUCAACAAUGUCAGCUGGCUAUGACCAUUUGGAUGUUCCCGAAAUUAAAAGAAGAGGUAUCAAAGUUGGUCACACUCCUAUGGUUUUAUCAGCUGCAGUUGCAGAAAUUGCAGUACUUCUGACAUUAAAUGCAGCAAGACGAACUCAUGAAGGACGUCUAAAACUUGAACAAGGACAAGUGGCAAGAUCUUUGCAAUGGUUACUUGGUCAAGAGUUAAGAGGAUCAACAGUUGGCAUUGUUGGUUUGGGCAAUAUUGGACAAGCUAUUGUUAAACGACUGAAAGGAUUCGAUGUAGAUCGUUUCAUUUAUACCGGACAUUCUCGUAAAAAAGCAGGGGAUGAACUUGGAGCGCAUUAUGUGUCUCUUGACGACCUUCUUGCACAAAGUGAUUUCGUAAUUGUCGCUACCCCCCUAAAUAAUGAAACUAGAGGAUUGUUUAACGAUGAUACUUUUAGCAAAAUGAAAAGAAACGCGGUAUUCGUAAACAUUGCCCGUGGGCAAAUCGUAAAGACAGAUGCCUUGAUUAGAGCAUUGCGUAAUAACACAAUUUUUGCGGCGGGUCUUGAUGUUACGGAUCCUGAACCAUUGCCUCCCGAUCACGAACUUCUUAAACUUCCCAAUGCUGUGGUCAUACCUCAUUUGGGCAGUGCUACUACGAAGACACGAAAUGAUAUGUCUCUUACUGCAGCACAAAACAUUCUCAAUGGAUUAGAGGGUAAGCCACUGAUAUAUGAAUUGUAACUAAUAUGUUCUAUUGCAUGUAUGAAGUAUAAACUUUUAUUACAUAAUUUAAGACUAUAUAUUUGUUUGAAGUAAUAUAAUGAUACAAUGA